UUGAAAAACUGUCAUUGUUGCGUGAACAGGCGUCAAAAUCUUUUAUUACCGUCAACUCGAAUUAAACUAGUAUUAUUUACAUCAUUUCAAAUACGGUGCUAUUUUAAUCUUAUCAUGAGUUUUAAUUGACCAGAGAAACUUCACAAGGAUACCAAACAAGAUAUCCAUGAUGGUUUAAGCUAUUCGGUUUUGUACAAAACGUUGAUGCAGUAAACUUCUGGUUCAUUAUGGAUUUAUCCGAUGCAAUGAAAAUGGCACUAGCUAAAAAUCAUUCAUCACAAACUGCAGUGCAAAACCAAUCGGUUGCAUCAGGAAAUUCCAAUAGCAGCGUUAACAGUGGACAUGGUGCUUCUGCAGAACAAGCUGGAGCGGGAUACGUUACAGAAAAACUUUAUAUGUUGCUUCAACUUUAUUUGCAGAACAAGGGCUGGAGUCCCUCUGUGGAACUGCUACAGUGCUUUGCUGAACUAAAAGAUACUCCGGUGUUGCCUAGUGCAGCUUAUUUGCAAGUACUUGCCAGUCGCGUUGCAUUGGAUGCUCAAGGUAGACUAGUUCUUCGAGAAUCUGGCAAGAUUAUUUUACCUUAUGAGCAUUUUGCUAACGCUGUAAUGCUCAAACACAUGUCUGGCCCACACGGGCUUCAUUUGAGCGUUGAGGCAACGGUUAGAGCUGUUGUCGAUUCUUACACUAUAGGCCGAGAGAAUUUGGGAAUGGAGAAGGAAUUCAUCGUAGAGGUCGUUCAAUCAUGCCCAAGUCCAGCUUGUCGAUACUAUAAGGGACAAAUUGGAGUUGGCCCUUUUAUAGAACAAUCAUUUAAUCCCACUAAUCAUAUAAACUCAGAUUAUCUGGCUCAUCUCCAACAGAUAGGUCAAUCUGGUUUAGAUAUUGGAGCAGCAGAUCCCGGCGGAAAAGCAUUGGGACAAGUGAAAUUAUCCAAAACACCAUCUACACAGCAGCAGCAAAUAACUGCCGCCAUUAUACAGCAGCAAAAUCGUGCAAUGGCUCAACAAUCCUUGGAAAAGUUUGGAAACUUAACCAAUUUGGAAAAGCAACGUAUGCUCCAGCAGCUUGACAAAAAACAUUAUGAAACGGUUGUUCAGUCACAAGUACCGAGUUUAGCAUCACAAUUAGUUUCAACUAACAGCAGUAACGCAAUACCAACACAAACUUCAUCCGUUGGAAACAACCAACAAACAUCUUCGGUUACACUAUUACAACAACAGCAACAAGCUCAGGUAAUAGAUAUUUCCCGUGCACAGCAGCAAGUUCAGGUUUCAAUUCCGCAUAUUCAACCACAGCAAUUGGUUCAGCAAAUUAGCACACCUACACCUUCACAACUUGUCGCUGCCCAACAGUCGCAGUUGGCUCAACCGCCGCUACAAACAGUUAACAUGGAUACUGGGCACAAGUUAUCAGAUUAUAUGCGCGGUGCUGUAGAUCCACUGGAAAACAUGACAACGAGUAAGGAUCUGUUGGCUCUCCACAGCGGCGCAUGGCCGCAAGAUGGUCGUGGCGACGGGUUAGCUGUUAGUCAGGAUAAGAUAAUUCGUGCGUUUGGCGAACUGAUGCGUAACAUAGCUCGAAUGAAAACUUUUAUUCGACCCAGCAUGUGUAAACCAUAUGGAAAACAGUCUGAGAGUUUACAAAAAACUUUAUUCGAUACUAUUCAAUUGGUUCAAUCACUGAGAAACUGCCUACCGGCACCUCACAUACCAGUCAAUUCGUGGAAGAGUGAAACACACACUGGUUCUAAUGGAUCCGAAGCGGUUUAGACUACUUGUCAAGUCCUAUAAUUCAGAAAGUAAACAAUGCAUUUGAAAUAUCUAAUCAAAGCCAACGUAAACAGCAACACAAUACUAGAAGAAAUCUCUGCUAUGCAGCACAUUUGCAAGACUUUUUACAUUCAUACAUUAGAUUUAAACAUGUGCUUUUUAUGAAAAAAAAAUGCAUUUAUUUAGCUAUAAUAAUUAGUUUGUUCCUUUGGCUGACAGUCGCUGGCAUGGCUCGGCAGUUAACUGAUUUAGUUAUGAAUGUGAUAAUUUAAAGCUGUUUUGCGUACUCUUCCUUAUAAAGCAAUUUACUACAUUAGGUAAUAUUUACAAUCACAAUUAUAACGCUUCGCACGUACAUUAGAUUUAUAUGAACUAUUGAUCUGUUUUGACAGAUUCAUAUUUAGGCACAAAAUUUGGAUAAACGAAACUGGUAAUAGACCUGUGAUAGCGUGAAAAUUAAAAGAAAAUGUAAACAUCGAGUGAUGAACAUGAACGUUUUUGUGAAUAUUGAUUAUUUAAAUUCAGGGCAAAUCAUCAAUCUUAUCAGUAAGAUUUUCAAUCGGGUUAGAUUCGAAAUUUUCUUCCAAUACUAAACAGUAUUUUAUCUAUCGUACUCAAACAAUAAAAUUUGCUCAUUGAACUCGCAAUUUUAAAAUUAUAUUCAAUUAUAAUACAAUGUAACAUCGAUAUUACGUAUGUGCAAUACAUUAAAACUUAACGUUCAUAAUAUAAUAUCUCACAAUGUCAUCAAUCAUAUAUGUCGAAUUCAAUAAAUUGUGAUCAGUCGAUACAUCAA